AUGGCUCUGCUUUCAUCCAACAUCAAACCCAAUAAAACAUUAUAUAAUAACAGUAUAGGUCAAAGCUUAGAUAGAGUUUAUAGUAUGUUACUUCUUAAAGGAGGCUUUACAGAUGAAGAUUGUAAACAUUGUGCUGAUAUUUCUACUAGAGAUGCCACUCAAUGUUGUCCAAAUGGGAAAGAAUAUAUUGUAUGGUAUACAAAUUCAAUAGUUGCAUCUAAUGGCACUGGUUCUUCUUAUAGUAUAAGGUUUGCAAAGGGAGAUGUAAAUUAUACAGGUCUAAAUUUUCAAGAGCUAGUUCAAUGUACUCCAGAUCUGUCAGGAAGUGACUGUAAUAGAUGCUUAUCAAGUGCACUUGAUGGUCGUCAUUAUCCGAAUAUGUUUCAGACACUAAGUCAGGGAGUUCUUAAACCCAGUUGUUAUGCGAGGUUUGAGAAUUCUAUUACAACAUGA